AUUCAAACUACUCAUUAUCUGUAUUCAGUAAAAAGGAAUUAUUUUAUCAAUUACAUUCAAGAAUCUUCUAAAUGAUGAAGAUUACUGUUUUCACAGUGAAAAUGUAUCAUAUUUCAAUGUCAAGUAAAGUACGAAACUAUCUGUAUUCUUUGAAAUUACAAAUGAGACCAAAACAUCAUCAUGUCAAAAAAGACUAUUUUAGAAAGACAAUUACUGCUAAAACUGUAAAUAUGAUAAAUGGUUCCAUGGAAUCUUACUGACAAGAGAAUCUCACCAGUAUGGACUAAUUGGAAAGGUUGGGCCAACUCCGAAGCAUGGUUUCCAUCAAUGCUGCAUGGAAGAUGGUUCCAAAUUCUACCAAGUUACAGUCAUAGAUCACUCAGGGUCCGAAUUUGAUGAUAUAAUUCUGAAAAACAUUCUCCAAACUGGAGGAGAAAAUUACAAUUUGAUAUCUGAUGAAAUAGAAUUCUACACCGACAGGUUAAUCACAGGACUAAGAGCUGAAGAAUGCAUCCAAAAAUUAUUUUCGGAGAAAUUCCUAAACCGCAACUGUCAUAUUUGUGUUGGUGAGAUGAAGAUUUCAACUGGAGUUAAUUCUGAAGUUUCAGAUGAGAAUUAUUCAGACGACGAGGGUGGCGCAAGUCCUGCAAGUAGUUUGCAAGAUAGGUGAUAAUUGGAAGAAGACUCUUUUCUGCUUUUGAGCAUGGUCUCCUAAAGUCUUACACUCAUUCAACUCAGAGACCUGAAGACCUGUAGACUAUAUUGAUUUUGUGUCAAGUCAUAUUGAAGCCACACCAUAUGUGGUUAUCAGCAGACUGUAUGUUAGUUUUCAUUGACUUAGACUUAGAUUUGAAAAUGUAGUACAUUGGGUAAUGUGAAAUAGCAAAUAAUUAGGCUAUGUUAGCCUACUACCUAAAAUCCGAUUGCACAAAUUUUACGAAAAUAUCCAAAUCCAUAUUUAAUGAUACAAAAAUUUCCUAGUUUAAGAGUCAGUAGACUGUGCAUUGUUCUUGUACUUUUGUCUGUUUAUGUAAUUGUAUGAUAUAGUACUUAUUUACCAAA